AUGUAUUGUUUAUGUUUCAGAGUUGGUAUCAUAUUUACUGACCACUUGACUCGAAACUAUAUCAUGUCACAAAUGAAAUUAAUAAUCAUCACCUUAUUCUCAUUGAUGCUAUUCGAAGGAGUCAAGGCAGAGGAGAAUGAUGACGAUGAAAUCGUAGAAUACACAAGAAUUCGAAACAGUGACGAUACAGAAGACUCAAAAACCUGUGAUGAUAGCAGCAAAAACAAAAAGCGAAAUGGGAUAAACAAGACAAAGAAUAUUUCCAAGGCAAAACAAUCACAUGAUGAUGGUUCACGCAAAAAACGGUGCUAG